AUGACGCUUGACAACAUGAAAUCCACAUCUCAAGCUGGCUCCCCUAAGAUCCGACGUUAUACAUUGCACGGAGGGCCAUCUGUUAUCUUCGAGGCCAUGCGGCAGGAUGGGGUUGUGAUCAUUGAGGGGUUCUUGAAUCCCGAACAGAUAAAACGGAUCAACGAGGAAGUUGAUCCUCAUCUUGCUCAGCUCCAGCACGAUAGAAAUUUGACUUCAUCCCUUGAGUCUCACCUACCGCCAGAAACUAAACGACUGUAUGGGCUAUCUGAGAUCUCCAAAACUUUCCGGCACGACGUUCUGAACCACGGGCUAAUGCAUGAAGUGUGCAAGAAAGUCUUUGAUGAGACCGGAGACUACUGGCUGGCUUCAGCAGCGGUUCUUCAACAUGCCCCGGGAGCGCCUAGGCAACAUCUCCACCAUGAUUAUAUGCCCCACCCCUUGAUUGAUAACGGACCUGGUGGACCAGAGUGUCUGAUCAAUUUCUUCACUGCGCUCACCGACUUCACUCCCGAAAGUGGUGCUACCCAGUUCGUAUGGGGAAGCCAUACGAAACAUGGGAUCACCGAGCCCAGUGAUGAGCAUCCGAUCGCCGUGGCCGAGGUGAAAGCAGGCGAUGCCAUCCUGAUCAGUGGUAAAAUGGUUCAUCGCGCCGGCGACAAUAACACGAAGGACUUCUAUCGUCGUGCUCUCUCGAUUGCUAUCUCAACAAGUCUUCUGAGUCCCAUGGAAGCAAAUUUGCGGUUCUCUCGCCCGGUGGUGGAGAGUAUGACUCCGCUGGCUCAGAAAAUGAUCGGCUGGGGAACUGUAUCACAAUUCGGGAUUGGAAUGUGGACUUAUGACAUGCGGGACCUUGCAGAAAAUAUUGGACUGAAGUCAAGCCAGUCAAUUCUGAAGGUGUAG